UUUGACUUGCGAGUAAAAGAACCCUAGAAGGCUGUUCGGUCUCCAUAUACGACACUGGCGCAUUGAUUCACCAUUCUCCCGCGCACACAGCUGCCGCUUGCCGUUGUUGCCGUUAGCUCCACUUCCUCUCCCGCUCACUUCUAUGGCUUCAUUCAUCUCUCUCGCCGAUGCCUCUGCGCUCCAUCUCUAAUAAAUCUCCUACCCACUUAGCUGAAGUGGAGGAUAGAAGUUCUGCCAUUUUGUUGUUCAUAACUAUUUUUAGAACACCCACAAGGCUGUUACGAUCAGUUGUUAUUUAUUGAUCAUGGAUGUAGGAACCGAUAGCUUUCGGAAUGAGAAAGUUCAACGGUUCGAGGAAUUUGUUGACCGUCGCUUGAAACCUGAUUUGGUGCAUGCAAUCGCUGAAAGAGAUAAAGUGUUUGAGCAGCAGAAAGUGUUCUCAGACCUUCGCCGGAAUAUUGAGAAUUUGGAGAAAAAUAGUAUAACUAAUCUCAGAACGUUGGUCAAUCUUGGCUCUGAAGUCUACGUACAAGGCGAUGUAUUUCAAGCUUAUAAUUUCUACUUGUACAGGCCAGAUACACGAAGCAUAUUUGUAGAUAUUGGACUUGGGUUUCAUGUGGAGUUCACAUGGUCUGAAGCUUUGAAAUUCAUUUCUCUCAAAGAAGAAAGGUUAACCAGACAGAUAGAAGAGUACACUCAAUUAAUUGCAUCAAUCAAAGCGCAGAUCAAGUUGGUUUGUGAAGGGAUUCGUGAAUUAUUACAACUUCCAGCAGAGAGGACUGUGGAAGGACGAGUCUUUUGAGUUUCUUUCCUGAUAGUUCCUGCUUUCCUGGGGAUGAAGAUGGUCCUGAAUCAGUAUAGUAUAAAAUCCUUAAUUUUGUAUGCUCUUUGUAAAACUUGUUCAUCUUUUAGAACUUUAUGGAAAUAUAUACGACCUUGCUUUUUGUCUCUGCAUUGAUUAUUUAUGGUUCUCAAAAUCUAGUUUUUCUUCUUGUGAGUCAA